GUGAUCAGUUUCAGUUUCGAUUCCGCCGAUCCCCUCCGAAAGAAAUAAACGAAACUUAUGAAGGUUUAAUGAGCUGAAGAGAGACAGAUCCUGGGUGUAGAGCGCCGGUGCAGCGGAUACGUGGAGCAGCUGGCUGAUCUGUAAACCAUUUCUAUCAGUUGAUCCUAACUUGCUGCGUCAUUACCAUGGAUAGACUAAGUGGAAACCCUGUCGGUGAUUUAGGCACCUAUGCGCAGAGACAUAGACUGCAGUUAGACUUUAAGGAUCUUGGAAGUGACGGCCCGGACCACAUGAAAGUAUUUACCCAGGAAGUUGUUCUUGCAGGUAAGACCUACCCUUGUGGUAAAGGGAACUCAAAGAAGGACGCCAGGCGAGCUGCAGCCCAAAAUGCUCUGGAAUGUUUGCUUAAGGAACAGCAUCAGGACACAGCUGGAGAUUCCCCCCGUCAACAGGGCCAGGUGUUAGCUGAAAGCGUAGCCGACAUCUGUGACAAGACAUCAAGCCUGAGUAUAAGUAAAGAAGAGACAAACUACAUUGGAAUCAUCAACCACUACUGUCAGAAGACAAACUGCUCUCACACAUACAUAGAAGUAGAAAGAAGGGGACCUCCUCAUAACCCUCGAUUUUUCUACAAAUUAAAGAUCGACACAAAGGACUACCCUGUUGCUGAGGGUAAGACAGCCAAAGAAGCCAGACAGAAUGCAGCUAAGGAGGCUUGGUCUGCACUCCAGGAGCAGUCGGAUUUCAACAGCAAGGUGUCUGUUAGAUCAACGGCGUCUGAAGACGAAACAUUUUCACAAUCAGCCACAGUGGACUCUGCUGAUUCGUCACUGCAGAGCAUGCAGUUGAGUUUAGGUGACUCAACAUCUUCUUCAGUCUCCUCAAAUCCACAGGUUGGAGAUUUUCCAGCUCAGCAAAAUCAGAUGUUCAAUAAAAACCUAACUAAUAUCAGCCCUACGACAAAAAGCCAGAAUACGAACUCAGAAGAUCACAGCCUUAUGGAGACAAACUUUAUUGGAAUCAUCAACAGCUACUGUCAGCAGACAAACUGCUCUCACACAUACAUUGAAGUAGAAAGAAGGGGACCUCCUCAUAACCCUCGAUUUUUUUAUAAAUUGAAGAUCAACACAAAGGACUACCCUGUUGCUGAGGGUAAGACAGCCAAAGAAGCCAGACAGAAUGCAGCUAAGGCGGCUUGGCCUGAACUUCAGAAGCAGUCGGAUUUCAACAGCAAGGUUUCUGUCACAUCAACGUCUGAGGAUGAAACAUCAUUUUCACAAUCAGCCACAGAGGAAUCAGCUGAUUCCUCACUGCAGAGCAUGCAGAUGACUCCAAGUCAAUCCAUAAUAUUCACUGAUUCCUCAAACCCCUUCAGUGCCCAGAAAGAUGAGGAAAACCAUAUAAUUGGAAAUGCAAGUACCCCAUCAGUUGAGUCAAGAUUCACUUCAGACUUUGAAUUCAUUUCGGUUCUUGGUAAAGGAGGUUAUGGUGCCGUUUUCAAAGUAAAGGAGAAACUGUUGGACAUGGAUUAUGCCGUAAAGAUUGUCUCUGCUUCAGACUCAGAAAAAGCUUUGCGUGAAGUGAAGACGUUAUCGGAACUCCAACAUGAAAACAUUGUUAGAUACUACCACUGCUGGAUUGAGGAUUCUAAGGUGCAACAGGAAUUCCUCAAAAAGAAACUAAAGCGUAUCCAAUGUAAACAGUACCUCUUCAUUAAGAUGGAAUUAUGUAACUCAACUCUUACACAAUGGAUUAAAGUGAUGAAUGAGAAUGAAGUACAGUACUCCCAAAGAGGAGCAGACAGUCUUCCUAUUGCAAAGCAAAUUGUCACUGGAGUGGCAUACAUUCACCACAACAACCUCAUUCACAGAGAUCUGAAGCCUGACAACAUAAUGUUUGGAAAAGAUGGCAAGGUGAAGAUUGGAGACUUCGGUCUCAUCACUAUUGACCAAAGUGAGGAACUGAUGGAACGAACGAAAGACAUUGGAACAGAAACCUACAUGGCUCCUGAACAGAAUACUAGGAGAUAUGAUCGUAAGGUGGACAUGUUUGCUUUGGGACUGAUCUUCUUUGAGCUGCUUUGGAAAAUGUCAUUUGGCCAUGAAAGAUCAGUGCUUCUGAGAAAUGCAAAAAAUAAGUCGCUACCCGAAGACUUUUCUCAGACUUUUCCUUUUGAGUGCAAAAUAAUCAAAUCUUUGCUCUGCGAGGACCCAAAUGAGCGACUUGAAGCAAGCCAGGUGAAGGAUAAAUUGGAAGAAUUAGGCCAACCACAUCCGUACCUGGAGAAUCACAGUGUCUGAAUAUCUGGAAUUUAGUUAGGCAGAUGGAAGAGAUAUUUUUCCAUGAUCUGCAAGCAAAGUCAACAUGCAACAGUCAAGUUGUAUGAUGCAUGUCAACACUUUUCUGUAAUUUUUCUUCUUAAGCAAUGCAAAAGGGGAAAAACUUCAGACCAGAAAAUGGAACAUUUUCUUCUAUUAGGAUUUUCAAAUGUGUCUAACAUUACAAUUUGAAUCAUGCCUGAUCUAAAUAACCAUGCUAUGGGUGAUGUUGAUUUAAUAGCUGCUUUUUAUUCUUAACUGCAAAUGGUUCAGCUUUGUUAACUGUGUUCCCCAAAUCAAUUGUUUAUCUCUUGGUGGUACUGUGAUCACACAGAAGGGAAAAGAAUCAUGACUUCUUGGGUGUUGGAUGCCAGAAAGCAAGCUGUGGAUUUGAUAAAUCGUUAGACCUCUGAAAAGCACAUUGUGUCUCAAGUGAAUUUGUCAACAUUAUACAACUUAAUGUCAUGUAAAAUAAUACAACCAGCUGCUCUUUUUUUUUAAAUGUACAAAAAAAAAACAUUAAUGAAAAUGUGUAUAUUGAAUCUUGUAUAUUGAGCCAGAAAAGGGUAGGGUGCCUUCUCCGGGUCAGGGAGGAAGUCCUAGACCAAUCGGAUGAGUUUAAGUAUCUUAGGGUAUGCUCACGAAUGAGGGAAUGAUGGAGCGCGAGAUCGAGGGGCAGAUUUUUACUGAAUCUGCGGUGAAGCAGAUUCAGUGCGCUGUGCUGGCCUGCUGUGAUAAAGAGAAACCCGAGUCAAAAGGAAAAGCUCUCGAUUUACAGUUCAGUCUACGUUCCUACUGUACCCUCAUCUAUGGUUAGGAGCUUUGGGUCAUGACCGAAAGAACAAGAUCCUGGAUAUAAGUGGGAGAAAUUAGUUUUCUGCAUAUGGUGUAGUGGCUCUCCCUAAGAGGCCAGGAUACUUCACCCGCCUACUGAUGGUGGUCAGGGAGCCGGUGGCGUCAGUGCACAGCAGCCUCUCUUCUGUCAGUGAACCCCAGGGCAGUGUGGCUACAAUCUAGUUUGUCACCAUCAGUGUGAGUGUGUGCGUUAAAUGGGUGAAAGACUGAAUGUAGUGUAAAGCGCUUUGGUCAAGUCUUUUGACUUGACUAUAUAAGUAAAGGCCAUUUACCAUAACUUUGAAGCCAAA